AUGUCUCUUCAAACGCCCCGCGUGCUGCCGCAGCACCUCUCCAACUUCCACCCCAACAAUGCCGCCGCGGGCAACAUACACACCGUCUCCAUCCUGGGCACCGUGAGCGCGAUCAACGGCGAGACAGCAAAGAUCACCUGCGGCACCCACGGAGAUGUGACACUCAUCCUGACACCCGAUGAGAACUUGCAGAUGGGCACACUUGUCGAGGUGGUAGGGAAAGUAACUGAUAUUGAUGGUGGGAUCGGUCUCCGAGUCCUCGAGUCGACGGACUGGGGAAACCCCGCGGAUUGCGAUUACAAGAUCUAUGAGCAUGUGGUUGAUGCCACACACCGUGUUAAGAAUAUCUUCUACAGCACUGAAUAA